GGCGGCAAGUAGAUGACCGUCACGCCCUUGAUAUUCUUGAUUGUCUUUGUGGAAAAAUAAAAUAUUUCAAUUACUUACAACUGGGCAGAGCAUCAGCCUAUGAAGCUAUGCUGGAAGCUACGAAGCAUGGAAUUGUUGAGUUUAUAGAGAAGAUGAAAGUUGUUCGUCCUUGUCUAUUACUUGCUAUCGAUUCGGACUCUAGGGGCAUAUUUUCAUAUGCAAUUCUAUAUCGUCGAGUUAAAAUUUUCAAUUUCAUAUACGGGCUUGAAGAGACAAGGGAGCAUAUCACAUCUCUCAAAGACAAAUUUAAUAAUAACCUGUUGCAUUUGGCAGGGAUGCCAGCACCUCCAUCUGAGCUUGUUCGUAGAUCUGGUGCAGCUUUGCAAAUGCAAAGGGAACUUCAAUGGUUUCAGGCGGUGGAGAGAGUUGUACAUCCAAAGUGUAAGGAAGAGUUAAAUAUAGAUUGCCAAAAGCCUCGCGAACUCUUUACUAUCACCCACGAGAACUUGAUGAGAGAGGGGGAGAAAUGGGCGCAGGAGACAGCAAGAUCCUUCACUGUUGUGGGUACUCUCAUCGCUACUAUUAUGUUUGCUGCAGCCUUCACUGUUCCUGGUGGUAAUAAUCAGUUCACCGGCAUUCCCAUCUUUUUAACGCAAAAACAGUCAAAUCAAUCUUCCAAGUUCUGGGUUUUUGCUGUCGCUGACGCAAUUUCUCUCCUUACCUCCUCUACUUCGGUAUUAGUGUUUUUGGUUAUCCUUACAUCACGUUUUGCUGAAGAAGAUUUCCUCGUCUUGUUGCCCAUAAAAUUGAUUGUUGGCCUUUCCACUCUUUUCAUUUCCGUUGUAAGCAUGUUGAUCGCCUUUUGUGCUGCCCUUCAGCUUAUGCUAGACGUAAAGGCAACGUUUAUAAUUUGGGUCUACACAUUGGCAGGUCUUACAAUCCUUUCAUUUGUAGCAUUCCAGUCUCCACUCUUUCUUGAGAUCUGCCGUUCCACAAUUAAAUCGGAAUUUCUCCCCAACAGGAGAAUUCAGAAUUGGUAUUAAGUAUACUGCAAAGCCACCUUAAUUAUGGGAUUAUUUGCCACAUCUGAUGGCAUGCGGUAAAAGACUACUUCAAGGACGCAUUGUAUCACUUCCAGAAUUACAUUUUUAG